GCCGAGGAGACCCCGCGCAAUGCUGCCAACGCCCCCGCGGAGAAGCUGAGGUCAUCACUGAAUUUUGAAGUAUUUUAAGUGGAUACAAAACUGUUUCAGCAAUGCAGACAAUUAAGUGUGUUGUUGUGGGUGAUGGUGCUGUUGGUAAAACAUGUCUCCUGAUAUCCUACACAACAAACAAAUUUCCAUCUGAGUAUGUACCGACUGUUUUUGACAACUAUGCAGUCACAGUUAUGAUUGGUGGAGAGCCAUAUACUCUUGGACUUUUUGAUACUGCAGGGCAAGAGGAUUAUGACAGAUUACGACCGCUGAGUUAUCCACAAACAGAUGUAUUUCUAGUCUGUUUUUCAGUCGUCUCUCCAUCCUCAUUUGAAAAUGUGAAGGAAAAGUGGGUUCCUGAGAUAACUCACCAUUGUCCAAAGACUCCUUUCUUGCUUGUUGGGACCCAAAUUGAUCUCCGAGAUGACCCCUCUACGAUUGAGAAACUUGCCAAGAACAAACAGAAGCCUAUCACUCCAGAGACUGCUGAAAAGCUGGCCCGUGACCUGAAGGCGGUCAAGUAUGUGGAGUGUUCUGCACUCACACAGAAAGGCCUAAAGAAUGUAUUUGACGAAGCAAUAUUGGCUGCCCUGGAGCCUCCCGAACCGAAGAAGAGCCGCAGGUGUGUGCUGCUAUGAACGUGUCUCCAGAGCCCUUUCCGCACAGCUGGUGUCAGCAUCAUACUAAAAGCAAUGUUAAAUCAAACUAAAGAUUAAAGAUUAAAAUUCGUUUUUGCAAUAAUGACAAAUGCCCUCCACCAACCCACAUGCACUCGUGUGAGACAAGGCCCGUAGGUAUGGUCCCCUUCCCCCUCUCAGUACUAGUUAAUUUGAGUAAUUGUGUAUUGUCAGAAAAGUGAUUAGUACUAGUUUUUGUUUUGUUGUUUCAAAAAAAUUUUUUUUUUUUUUUGUUUAAAAGCAAGGCAUGCUUGUGAUGACUCUGUAACAGACUAAUUUGGGUUGUUGAAGCUGCUCCCGGGCUCCAUCCACUCUGGAGAAUGAUCUGGGACAUUUAGGGUUUUUUGUUUUUGUUUUUGUUUUUGCGGGGGUGGGGUGGGGUGCGAGGAGUGUGUGUGGGGUUUGUUUUUAUUUAGUUAUGUUUUUUAAAUUCAUUAACCAUUGGAUAGCCCUUAAGGGGAGGAGGACUGAUUGAUUCCACAUUCCACUUCCUAGAUCUAGUUUAGAAAACUUGUUCCCCACCUGGUGCUCUUAGGAAGGAGUAUAGUAAAUGCCUCAUUUAAUAACAUACUCCUUUUUGAAAGUUGCCUUUUCUCUCCACCCUUGAGUAGGUCCAGUAUUUGAUGAAACUCAUGAAAGUGGGUGGAACCUGUCUUGCCCCUCCUCUUUUCUAGGAUGCACUAUAUAUGUGACUGUGACUUUCAAGGAAAUUUGUUUGCCAUGUGCUGAUUUUUUUUUUUUUGAAGUUAAUUUCUAACUUCUUUCACUGAUAAAUGAAGAAAAGUAUUGCACCUUUUGAAAUACACCAAAUGGAUUGAGUACGUAAUUAAAAAACUUUUUUUCCCCC